GACAAACUGCCAUCAAAUGUUUUUUUUUUCCAGGACAAACUGCCAUCAAACCGUGCUGGCAAUUUUAUUUCUUUGAAAGAAGUGCAAACUGUCUUGUGCGAGUUUCUUGACGCUGCUGCUUUCCAAAUGCGCCGGGCAGCUGUGAUCCUCCCAGUCUCUCGAGGUCCCCGCUUGGCUUGGACGAAAGGGACCGAAGGCAACCCGCUCCUGGCAUUAAAGUCCCAUACCCGGACAUAACUACAAUGCCCAUGGCACCCGCCCUCACCUCCGAGCAUCCUUCACCGCCUCCGCCUCCCCGGCUGCCAGCUGUAACUGCGAAAUCGCAGCAGGAGAGGGCGGUGUGGCUGGCCGGCAUUGUGAUGCCUUCGGCCCCGAUGCCUCCUGGGAAUUGUGGUUCCAAGCUCUUCGCUGCCUCGCGUGAGCCAAUGAACGCGCGGCAGGGACGGAGCAUGCGUCUUCGAGUCCAGCCGGCGCCAUUGGCGUAGGUGGGAGGUGAUGCGUUUUCAAAACCGGCGGGCGGGAGACGGAGGAAAUUCCGCCGGUGAUGCAGUUCUUGAAAGCUUCAGGAGAAGUUGCAGAAGGCCCCUGAGUGAAAAGUAAUGUCCUGUUUGGUUAAGAAAAGUAAUAUCUGUUCUCCGGAAACAACUGUGUCAUCUCUUCUAGCAAGUGGUAACUUUCAGAGUGACCAUGUCUCCUUGAGUCACAGUUCAGUCCAAUACAAGGACAAACUGUAUAGUUCUGCCUCUCAAGCUUUAGAGGCCUAUAUUAAAGAUUUCAAUCUCAGUCUUUCAUCGCCUGACGUCAGACCUGGAAAAAUUGAAAUUCUUCCAAGGGCUCCUGAAAACUUCAAAUCCUCAAAAGAUGAUUUUGAGCCCAAAUGUGAAAAUGUCAAGCAGCAUACACGUCUGAGAAAAAGAAUUGUUUAUGAGCCAGAUAUAGUCAGUCUGACUACAGAUGAUCUUUUAGCAUUUCCUGCAGAUGGUUCCCUCUCUUUCAAGAUUUCUAGGUCAUUAGCUCAGAGAGGUAAUGUGAACAGGAGGUCAUGGAGAACAUCUGCUUCUUGUUCUCAUCACUGGACUUCGUCCUCCAAUGAUAAAGAAAAAGAAGAUUCUUUGAAAAAUUCCUUGCUUCCCUCCUCAUACUGUGAAGCUAGCAGAAAAAAGGGUACACAAUAUAAAUUUCACAGACAUGAUUCUUUGUUACCUGGGAAUGACCAGCUUGCCAACCGAGAGACUGUGUUUCAUAAGAAUUAUCCAAGAUGGCUGACAAACUAUAAAACUGAGUUGAGCAUUUCAGACAUAAGUAGUAUUCCUGAAUCCAAAUAUCCCAUCUGGCUGAAGAAUCAUAAUCUCUUAUUGGAUUCAAGUAAUGAAAAUUCUACGCAGACCUCACAUCUGGAAAGUGAGCAUCUGUCUUUGCAAAAUAAUGAGGAGCUGAUGGAGUUUCAAUAUUUUAAUAGAUUAAGCUCUCCUGAGUGCUCAAGACAUAAUGAUGUGGGGAGCCUGAAGCACGAGUGUGAUACUCAAACAAAUUGCCAAAAAGAUUGUCCAAGUGCCUGUUUUCUACUACAGGGCUUAAGGGAGCAAAAGGAUCCACUUAUAGAUGACACAGAAAAACUAAUUCAGAAAGCAAGGAGGGCACUGGAACCUUUGGUUGAGGAAUCAACUAGUCUCCUGAAAAAUGAUGGCAGUCCUUGUACAAUGGAUAUACUAGAAGCAGAAAGAUUGUGGGAUAAUGUUCCAAUUGGUUUAAAAUCUCCGGUACCUAUAUCCUAUAUGGAGGAGAAUUCUCCACCAAACCCCAGGGCCAGCAUGGUCAAUAAUUUUUUAGAAGACUGUUUGCAGAAUGGUCAACAGGAGAACACAUUUUCGGGUGGAAAUCAUCAUGGUCCUGUAGAAGCUUUGAAACUCAUGCUGUUUAACCUUCAAGCAGUUCAGCAUAGCUUUCACAAAAACAAAUCCGACAGACCAAAUGAAGAAUCCCCAAAAGUUUCAAGUAAAGAUGAAGACUUCAAGUUGGGCGAUUGUGAUAUGAUCCCUGUGGCCCAAUCUCUUCAGAGAGCUUUGCAUCAUUUAUCUCGACUUAAAGGAUUGGUUGAUGAUACAAAUGAUAAAGAAGAAUCAACAGGAUCGCUCAAGACAUGAAGCGUUGAUCAUAAAUAUGUCUACAAAAUCAAUAUAAUGUAAAGCAACAGCUAAAUGCAGGGGCGUGUUCUAAGAUGCUCAUGAACUUCAGAACUCAGGUUUUUUUCCAAAUCUUGUAUUUCUGUAAAUAUAAAUGUAUUAACUAGAGUCUUCAAAAGCAUGUUAUCUUUUGCAGAACUUUGCCAGAUCCUAAAGAAAUGCUUGAAUUAUAGAAAAGGGUUGCCCUACUUUGAGAUUUUUUCUUCCUUAAUAGAUGUGUCCAUCCUAGCUGAAUAGAAAUAGUGUGAGCAGGACAGUCACCUAAAGAAAAAAGCAUGUCUUUAAGCUCCGAAAACUAAUUUUAUAUAUAUUUAUUAUAUAUAUAUUACUAUUCCUGACAACAGAGGCCAAAAUACAAAUGACUAUUAUAAAAUCAGAUGUAGUAUGGUCAAAAAUAAUAAUUAUAUAAAGGGAUAAGGAUAAUCCAGAUGAUAAAAUUAAGUGUUACGGCAAUAUUAUUGCAGAAAUGUGAGCCAUUUUAAGAGGCUUGCAUAGAUAUAACUUACUUUUAAAUACAUGAUUGGUCUAUUGGAAUUGAAAAUACUAAUGUCUCCAAAGAUGGACUCUUAUUUCAGUAUUUUUAUUCCUCUUCCCCUAAACCACAGAUUGGAGUUUAGCCUAACAGAUAUUUUGGAUAUACACAGAAUGACAUCACAGUUCUCUGGAAAACCAUCAAAGUCAAACUACAUUGUGUAGUGGCUACUACUGAACUGUGCUAGCAUUGGAUCUCUUCAUUGGGGUACACUAUUAUUGAUCCAGUCAGUUGUUUUUGAGAAGACAAAAACACAGAAGGCACAUACAUUUAUUUUUCACUCUAAAAUUUGUCGGAGCCUGUGGUUCUAGUCAAUCUAAAUAAAAGUCUGAUUCAGAAUUUCAAACCAAUUUGAUCUCUGAAUUAGAUCAUCACUUAGACAAUCUAAUUUAGGAAACUGAUUUGUUUGGGGGAAAACCCUUUUUAGACAUGUGAAUUUACCAACUCAUUGAUCAGAACUGCAUAUGGCUGUUUUAACAAAUGCUUUACAUUGUCAAUGUAUUUAUAGUGGUAUAUAAAUGUAAUUAAAGGAAACCAUUGCUUUUUCAA